AUGGAAGAAGACGAAGAAAAUUUUCUUUGGUCAAAAACAUGCGAUGCACAUACCCACCCCCAUGAUGAUAUAGAAAGACAUUCGAAAAUCGGAGAGUUGAAAACUUUCAGACUUUGCUUAAUGGGAACACGUUUUGAAGACUUGGACGUGGUAUCACAAUUGAAUGCAAAGUUUCAAAGCAAGGUUGUACCCUGCUUUGGUUUUCAUCCUUGGUUUGCCCACCUAUUAUCUCUUGAUAACGAUCCACCGGAAAAUGAAACUCAUUACCGUUCGGUUUUGAAUGACAUUGGUCCCAAAGGCUCUAUAAAUUGUAAUAUAGAGCCAUUGCUUCCAUUUCUACCUCCACCAAAGCCAUUCAAUGUUUGGUUUGAUAAGCUUGAAAACUUGAUAAAAAUUAAUAAGUCGGCACUUAUUGGUGAGGUUGGUUUAGAUAAAUCAGCACGUUUGACUGAUCCAAAAACACAAUCUCUCAGCAAAGUUCAAACAACAAUUCAACAUCAAAUUGCAAUUUUGGAGAAACAAUUAGAUUUAGCAGCAAAGUAUAAUCGAGCAGUGAGUUUGCAUUGUGUUCAAGCAACCGGUCAAAUAAUAGAAUUACUUGAUCGUAAAGUUCUUUCACAACAGCCACUACCGCCACGAAUUUGCAUGCAUUCCUAUGGAGGUUCUGUUGAUACAAUCAGAAUUUUGACAGCAGCUCGACCGAAAAAGAAAAAGAAGCUACAAGUUGAAAUUUAUUUUUCUUUCAGCAUAGUAAUUAAUGAACGAUAUUCUCGGUUACAUGAUCUAAUAAGAGCUGUUCCAGAGGAUAAGUUGUUGAUUGAAUCCGAUUUUCAUUCUCCUGAUGGAUUAGAUAAUUUAAUGGAAAGGAUAGCCUUACUUGUUAGCGAGGCUAAAGGGUGGACACUUACAACAACAUUAGAAAAAACUUUUCAAAAUUUUCUAAAAUUUAUUGGAGAAUAA